CUUGACAGCGAAACACCGAUUCAAUGGCUGCACAACAUUAGAAGAAAGCAUGGUGUAGAGAAUUUGUAAUGGUCAAAUAAUAGAAGUAGUUAUUAUUUUAAACAUAAUACAAUUGUGGAAAAAGAAUAUUUGUGAAAUUAUUAAAAUUAAACAAGUCGUAUAUGAAGUAGAUUUUGCACUAGUGAAGGAUUUUGCAACUACGAUUGGCGAGACCAAUAUAUAAUCGCAGGUUUGAUAUAAUCAAAGAAUAUAAAAUUCAAAAUUUUCUUAAACUCAUCUAAAGUAAAAUUCAUACGCAUCAUACGAAUAGUCUACACAAAAUAUUUGAGCAUGCAGUGGAAAAUUUAAUAAACUACAUACAUUACCUACCUAUUAUUUUAUAUUUUGUCUACAUCAACAUCAACGAUUAACGAAAAGCCAGCAACAAACGGUGAACCACAAGCAAAGCAACCAGUCAUUCAGCCAACGACCAUCGACUUUCAUCGCAAUUCGCUCUCUUCUCAUUAUGUUGCGUCGCAACAAAGCAAAAAAAAUCUGAGGGGCAUCGGUAUUAGUCGGUGACUGUUGUGUCGGAAACAGUAGUAGCAGUGUUGGUGCUACCCUUCAUCAUCAACAGUGGAAGAAAACAGAAAAAAAUAUACUAAAUAAAACAAAAAAAUAAUAAAAGUGUUCAUGUCGCGCGCGCCGUUGUUCUUUCUAUCUAUCGUAACGUCACCGGUUCUCACAUUGUGCACCACUCGUCUGCUCGUUUGUUGGCCGCUUACUCGUUCGCACGUUUAGUUAGUAUCCCGUUCAGUUGCGCUGUUUAUCGGUGGCGGUAGUGUAGUAGUGUUUGUUGUUGCACGAGUCGUCGUCAUCGACAUCAGUGGCAAAACUCGUGCAAAAAUUGCGAAGAGCACAAAUUUCAUUGUCGCUGAACUGUGGUGUUUAUUUGUGUGUGUUAGUGAGAAAUCGUAGCUGCAGUAGCGACUAUAGUCGAUCGUAAACGUCGACAGAGUUGUUAGUGUUUGUCAAUGUACUAAAUGCACACUGGUGUUAGUAGAAAUUGUGGUUGGUUGGUAAUUUCGAAAUUGAUUUACCUGAAUCCGAAUGUUAAUUCGAAUCGGAAUCCUAAUCCAGUAUAGUGUUAAAAAUGUAAAGCGGAAUACAAACUAAAAACGAUAUUGUAACAAAUAAAAAUUUAGUGCUUGGAAAACCAAAGAAAGUGUUUAAUAAUGAGAAAGCAAGAAAAAGAAAAGAUAAAUAUAAAAUAAAAGCAUGAAAUCAUAAACAAGUAGUAAAAAAAGUAUCUAAAUAUUCGUUUUGUAUUACCUAGCGACCGAAAUAAAUUUAAAGGCGAAAGAAUAAGUGUAUGUGAGACAAAGAUAAAUAGUGAAAAAGAAAUAAAACAGUAACAGUAGUGCAACAAGGGCACUUCCUAAUUCCUACCUGUACGUCAGACCGUUAUAACGUGUGCGUGUGUGUAUGUGCUUUGCGAGUUUAUCAAUUCGCUUUCGCAUAGUAUGCGAUACACGGCAGUUGAUGAAAGCAUAACCAAAAGUUAUAAACGGCAAAUAACGAUAGCACUGUAUAAUUUAUAUGAAUGUAACAGUAACUGAGCAAACGACGCGGUAAUGACGUAGGCACGUUAGAGAAAAUAAAGCAAAAAUAUCGUUUAGUUAUUCAAAAUACAGAAGCCACGAAGCUUUUGUCUUGCGUGGUGCUGUUGUGUAGUUCUCAUUUAAUUGAAAUUUUUGCUGAGACGCAAAUUGCUUAUUAUCAACGAUAAUUGAGAAAAUGAGGAGCUGCUGUGUUAAAAAAAUACAUGAACUAUGACGCAUCAAAAUCAUCAGACCAACGGCGCUAGUUUGGAGGAUUGCCAUACAAACUUCUUUGCCCUGACUGAUUUAUGCGGAAUUAAAUGGCGUAAGUUCGUAAACAGCGAACGAGUAAAUGCGUCAAGUGAUCCAUUAGAUGAUCCCAUCCUGCGCUCCUAUUCACGAUGUAUGCAAGCUGACAUUCUAUGUGUGUGGCGUCGAAUACCGUCCACAAAGCAGGAUAAUUCGGAUUUAAAUCCGAUUUUUGAGAUUAGCACAUCGAAAGUUCAUCCACCACUUUCAUUAGCCGCCGCCAAAGAAUUAUGGAUAUUUUGGUAUGGCGAAGAACCAGACCUUAGUGAAUUGGUGGAUGCGGAAUUGUUGAAAGUUGCCGCAAACCAAGCACUUUGGAAUGGAACAUGGGAACGAGGUCUUACCUACGAGUGUCGCUCACUACUAUUCAAAGCUUUGCACAAUUUAAUGGAGCGGUUCGUGCUGACCAAAGAUAUUGUGCGUUUUGGUAAAUGGUUUGUUCAGCCGUGCACUUCCAAUGAUCGACUCUUUGGCCGAAGUUCUCAGCACCUUUCAUUUUCGUUUACGUUCUUUGUGCACGGCGACACUGUAUGCGCAUCGAUCGAUUUGAGGGAACACCCUGCUGUGCGUCCCUUAUCAAAGGAGCAUUUAACUGAAGCGGCGGCGGCUUUUGCCGCCGCUGGUAAUUCGCAAACACUGUCGCAAUCUCAUGAACAUGGCAAUGUAACGAAUUUGCCAGAAGAUGUGGCGAGUCCACACAGCCCCAAUAAUGGCGGCGCUGUGGGAGACGGUGUCACCAACACAAACUCUCCGAAUUCCUCCACUACACCCAAGCCGCGACGAGUAAUACUAGCGCCAUUUGGUAUGGCGGCAACACUAACCGGCAAUAGUUUUAAAGCUACGGAUCCAAUGGCCGAGAAGAUCUUAGAAGAUUGGGCAUCAUUUUUCCCACUGUGCUGUAAGGAAAACUCUGAUGUGCCACCGGUGGUUGAAGUUGUGUCGGGCGGACAUAAAAUGUAUCAUCCCUCAAUUUAUGUACUAGUCACUGAUUUGGAUGACAUGGAGGAAAUGGAAGAGGCUGCGUCGCAAAAGGGCUCAUUGGGCACAACAUCUUCGGCGGAGGCUGCCGCACUGGCGGCUAUUUCAUCUGCGAAUACAAAUGAAUUUGCAGGGAACAGCCGAAAGUCCACAUCUACGCAACAACCCGCUAGCUUGCAACAACAACAACUGCAACAGCAGAUGCACACUGUCACUACUGUAACAACAGUUGCCACGUCGUGUAGCCAAGCGAACAGCAGUGGGGUUGGCGGAAGUAAUGGCAUUAACAGCAAUAGCAGUAUUGCAAUGAUUGAGCAACAUUUGCAUGAACUGUCGGCAAGAGCGCAGCCCUACUAUGACACUACGACGAGCAGCUUUACUAGCAACACAACUAAUACUCAUGCCUCACCACAGGCGGCUACUGAAAUGCCAGAGCGCGUUUGGCAGGAUUGCAUAACGAAUACGUUGCAUGUGACAUAUGCGGCCAGCGUUGCUGCCACAGCAAUGAGUACUGGCGCCACAAGCGCUCAAAUAACUUGUUCAUCCCUCUCUACUACCACCGGCGGAGUCACAACCACAACUGCCACAGGCAGUGGUACAGUAGGUGGCGAGGAUUGUAAUUCCACCAAUGGUAAUAAUGGCAACAAUGACAACAAUGCCGGCAGCGGUGGCGGCGGUGGCAACAGUAGUGGCGGUUGUAGUUCCAUGGACACGCAAAAUACCAACACAAAAAUCGGCGACGCCAAUGAAGUGGAGGCCAAACUACGCAUGCAGCAAAUACAAUUUUGGGGAUUUGUUGAUCCAACGGAAAAAACACCCUGUUCAUGCACAAAAACUUUGAAUCCCGCAUCGAUGACGCCGCACGACACACCGCACGGCGGCGCUUCAACUUAUUCGCGGAACUCUGUGGGCGACUUGAUGCCUGUGCCCUCAGUGGGUUCGCCUGGUACACCCGCACAAUCGCCCCAUCCGAACUCAACGCUAUCACAGCCAACGUCUGUACCACCGGCCGAUCAAUUGUUAACAAUGAGCCCACGUGCACCACCAUCCGUACCGAAUUUGCAACAACCACCAACACCGAUUGAUCAUCUAUUGGACAAGAAUACACCGGCACCCACACCCACCGAUCAGCAUGAUAAUAAAAGUAUCACAACAUCGCCCUAUGUGCGGCCUACGCCAAGCGUAGAGCCGCCACCCUCUGUUGAGGCGGGUAAUGGUGGCGGUGGCGUGACUGGCGUGGGACCAAAUGGACCUGGCAGCGUGCCACAACCACCAAGUGUCGGGCGUAGCACUCCGACUAUAAGCGGCCAACAACAGCAGCAGCAGCAACAACAACAAGGUUCACAACAGUUACAAGCACAAACUAUGGGCACAACGGUUUCGGGUGGUUCCCAAUGUGGCACUAUAAGCAUUAAGAAAUUCGAGAUACAACAACCGUCAUUGACCACACUAAGUGUUGAUCAAAUUAAAACCGAAGCGGGUUAUGCGCCGACACCAUUGUCGGGUAGCGGUAGUCGAAAUGGCCUGCCAGUGGUUUCCACGUCGUCUGGCAUAUCGGCGGCAGAUGCGAUCAACGAUUAUUGGAAAACAUUUAAGAUGCCAGAAAUUAAAGUAAAGGAUAUCGAUAGUUUCGCCAAUGAUGACUGCUCAAAAUAUAAUGUACUGUAUGAUUUCACGUAUCAGAAUGCUUGGGCGAAUCAUCCAAUGAAACGUUUCAAGCUCAACGAUGUGACCAAACCGUGUCGCAGCAUGUGUACCAAAAAUCUCUACGAAGGUCAUACUCACUCGAAACCGCUUAUGCCGUCACCGGGCUCCGUAUAUGGUUCGCAGCUACUCUCUAUAGAUGCUUCCCUCAAUUCGCUUACUAAUUCCGCCAUGAACGCGGCGUCUGCGAGUGGUAGUAGCAGUGGCGGUUUGGUGGGCAUAGCCGCGCAUUGUGGUAAUUUGACAAAUAUAAAAGAGGAAAAUGUGGGUAGUGAUGGCAAUGGUAAUGGCGGCGGUUAUUUCCGCGGGCUCGACAUACAAACCACAGAUGCGCUACAGGGGACAGCUUCGCCUUGCAAAGAUGGCAAAAACAGUGCCAGUGGUGAUCUGUAUACCGCUGAAGGCUUAAACCCAACAAUGAAUGAUCUUGAGCAGCUAUUUGAAACAUCAAACGAUGGCUGCGGCAGCGUACAAAUACAUACACCGCCCGACUCGAACAACCCAUCCAAUGGCUCUACCGCAACGACCACAAUUGAUGAUCUUAAGCGCAGCACUGCAGUUGCUGCCGCUGUGAACGCAAGUGCGGUCGCAAUCGCUGCGUUGCAAAAUUGCACGAAUACACCGAAUGCCUCGAAUAGUAUAGGUAAUAAUGGUAGCAGUAAUGGUGGCGGCAACGGCGGUUCCAGUAUGGCGGAAGAUCUGACUAAGAUGUUUCCUACACCACCAUCACAUGAACAGCACCAUCCUAAUUCCAGCCCGUGCCAAAUGGACAUCCAAAUGACGGAUCUCAGUGUAAUUACAGCAGCAACAGCAAUAUCGGGCGGCUUGGAUGCCGGUAUGGGCGGUAUGAUUAAAAUCAAACAAGAAUAUUUUGCCGAACUGGGUAGCCCCGUUGAAGAGCCAAUUGAAGACUGGUCAUAUGUUUAUCGGCCGCCGAAGCGUGCAAAGUUUGUGGGCUCAUCCAAAUACGCGCCUCUAACAAACCUACCUAGUCAAACGCUGCCGCCACUGGCUUUACCAACAAAUUGCACGUACAAACCAUCAUGGACAACACAGAAAUCACGUGCUGUGGUUGCUGCUCAAGCUGCGGCAGCGCAACAGCAGCAACAACAACAGUUACAGCAACAACAGCAACUGCAACAACAACAUCAACAACUACACGAAUUACUCUCAGCGGCGCCGCGCACACCGCUGCAGCAACCUCGCACACCUUUGGGACCCAUACCAUCACCAAUGCACUCCAACACAGUGCCCACGCCGUUGAGCAGUGGUGGUGGUGGUGGCGUCGGCGGUGGAAAUAAUCUUUUGCUGAAUCAACUAAACUGUCCGCAGGCAGCACUCACAAAUACGCCCGGCAGCACGAGUAUGCAGCAAAUGAUGCAACGCGCCGGCAUGUCACCGAUAUCACCAUCACCCGCCUCGGUGGUACCGUUUCCCAUGAUGCAACCACAACGGCAUCCACCGCCACCUUAUGAAAUGGCUGUGGCCAGUCCAGCCACCUCAACAUCCUCAUAUUUGAAUAAACAGUAUCAUUCGCAGGAGCAUCCUCCAACACCGCAAAGCGUUGGUAUGCCUUCAACACAUCUUCCUAGACCGUUAAGCGCAGCGGGUAAUCUGCCAUCCGCCGGUGUUGCGACUGGCGCCGUGGUGGCGCGUGAGUUGCCCGAAGUUAGCUCUUUGAUCGUGAAUAUUCUGCUAUACGACACAGCGUUGAAUGUCUUUCGAGAUCACAAUUUCGAUAGCAGCACCGUUUGUGUGUGUAAUGCGGAUUCUCAGAAAGUGGGUAACAUACGUGGUGCAGAUUCAGGUGUUUACGUGCCUCUGCCAGGUGGAAGCUUUAAUCCAUUACCGCCUUCUACAAAUGCAAGCGGGAACCCAGCUGUUGCCGGCAUCAGCGGAAAUAGCGGUAUUGGUGGUGGUGGAGCUGCCGCAGGAAGCAUGCGCCUGUUAAGUGCCUUUGGCGGUGGCAGUGCUUUGGAUUCACCAGCAUCGCUGCCCGGAACAUCGGGGCACACGGGUUCAGGUUCAUCUUCAUCUUCGAACACACCCGCCAGCAAUCAACAUAUUACGGGGUACGUGGACGACGAUCCGGUAGAUUGUACCUGCGGUUUUAGUGCUGUAGUCAAUAGACGACUUGCAUUUCGAGCUGGUCUCUUUUACGAGGAUGAGUUGGAGAUAACGGGUGUUGCCGAAGAUCCCGCCCGUAAUAAGAAACAGUCUUUACCUUCCCUGAUAGCAAAUUUGGCGGCUGCUCUCACGCCAACUGCUGCGAAAUUGACAUCCUCUCUAGCCAUUAAGGGCGCUAACUCAUUGUUACCUGCACAAGCAGACAAAGCUAACCACGUACAGCCCGACGCGCAAGCACUCCAACAUGCGCACGUCAUCUUUGAUUUAUUACUUGAGCAAUGUUCCAUCAUACAAACGUCUAGCAGUGCAGUACACCGAGCUUUACAACGUCACCGACAUCGUUUAGCUCGACAAAGCCGACAACCACAAUCGGUGGCUGCCAUCUCCAAUGUGUUAGAAUUUGUCGAUGCGAAUGAUGUAAUAUGUUUGGCACUUGAGCAGGCGAGAUUAGCUUUUGAAAGUAAUCGUAUGGAUGUGAAUGAAUUUUCCAGCCAAAACCAGCUUUCACCUUUCGACCAUAGCCGUCCUGGCGCGGCCAAACGGAAUCAUCAACUCUUUGGUGGCAGACUAACAGUGCAUAAGUGGCCGUACAUUCCAGUUGGAUUUUCACGCAGUAACAAAGAGAUUGUGCGCACCAUGAACUUUAUACAACCAAUGUUGCAAAAUGCAUUCCAUUCGAAAUCUCGCAGUGCGGCGGGCAGCAAAGAUGCUACUUACACAGUAAGCGGACCAUUGACCUGGCGACAGUUCCAUCGCUUGGCUGGACGUGCUUCUGGUCAAUGCGAACCCCAACCGAUACCAUCGGUGAUAGUUGGACAUGACAAGGAUUGGGUUUCAGUAGCACCACUAGCCAUACACUAUUGGGACAAACUUCUGUUGGAACCCUAUGCGUAUGCGCGUGAUAUUGUGUAUCUGGUUGUGUGUCCGGAAACUGAUUUUGUGGUGCAGAAUACGCGAAUAUAUUUCAGAGAAUUGAGUUCUACGUAUGAAAUGUGUAAGUUGGGUCGUCAUACGCCCAUUCGCGGUUGGGAUGGUUUGUUGACGGUGGGUCCACGUUCACCCUCAGAUAAUACACCAAGUAGCACGCCACUGGACGAUUGGUUGCGCACCUUAGAUAAUACCGUUAUAGCCGAAAAAAUACGACUGUAUGCGAGCGCGUUUCAUAAUCAAAUAGCGCCGUACCUCAAUCGUGUGCCCAGCGACAAGACGUUGCUUAAUCCACCUGAGAAUAGCAGUUGUCAACCAGGAGCAGGUCGCGAACGAGGCACCACUAGUCCAAUGGGUAGCAUGAGUUCGAUACACAGUUCGGUGAGUGGUGUUGAUCAAGACAAAACGCAUACCUCGCCCAAGAUGGAGGGUAUGGAUCAACAACAACAGCAGCAACAGCAACAGCAACUCCAACAUCAGCAAUUGCAACAUCAACAGCAACAACAACAACAGAAUUCUGCCGAAUCGAUCGACAUGAAGCCAGACAUCAAACCCGACACAAAACCACCAAUUGUACUUAGCGAUCCUUUGGGUAUGGGUGAAACAAUGGAAGAUGUAAACCCACCGGCAAUUGUGCUCUACGUAGUUGAACCUUUCACAUUCGGUUCGGACUCACCAGAAUUGGAGCGUUUAGCUUGUAUAGCUUUGUUGCGUUGCUAUGCUGAGCUAUUAAAGUCCAUACCGGAUUCGGUACGUGCUAAUAUCAAUAUUCAAAUCAUAUCGUUGGAAUCGAUAGUUGAAUUGGGUCGAUCGCGUACACGAAAACGUUUCUCCGACGAAAUUCGUUGCUUGGCUUUGAACAUAUUCUCGCAGUGUCGUCGACAUAUGGUGCACACGCAGGCCGUGAAGAGUCUGACUGGUUUCGGCACAGCCGCCAAUAUGGAAGCAUUCCUGAAGAGCAAAGACGACAAGAACCGACAACCAUACAAAAUGUAUACACCGCCGUAUGUAUUGGCGCCAAUGCAUGAGAAAAAUGACAAGACAGACUUCUCUCGCCAAUCAUCCAGUAUGCGCGCACUAAAUGAGCAAAAGUACUCGGUCAUGUAUUGCAACUAUUGUCUGAGUGAAGAUCAGAGUUGGUUGCUCGCGACCGUCACCGAUGAUCGUGGUGAGAUGUUUGAAAAGAUCAUCAUCAAUAUUGACGUACCGAAUCGUGUGCGUAGACGUAAGGCGCCGGCGCGACGUGUUGGACUCAAGAAGCUGAUGGACUUCAUAAUGGGUUUGAUCUCACAGACAGCGCAUCAUUGGCGGCUGGUUGUGGGCCGUAUUGGGCGCAUCGGUCACAGCGAACUAAAAUCAUGGAGUUCUUUGUUGAGUAAACAAAAUCUACAGAAAGCUUCCAAGCAACUAAAGGAUAUUUGUAAGCAAUGUUCCUUCAUGUAUCCACCUGGUAUACUCAGCGCCUGCCUGGUGACGUUGGAGCCAGAUUCAAAACUGCGCGUAAUGCCUGACCAAUUCACGCCGGACGAGCGGUUUUCGCAGAUUUCCAUGCAGAAUCCGCUAUCCACUCCACAAGAUGUAACAUGCACACACAUACUAGUAUUCCCGACAAGUGCCGUUUGCUUGUCAUUUACACGUCAAUUUCAAAAUGAGCCACAAGUAGAUUUGGAAAAUGAUAUCAUAUUCGAUGACGAUGACGAAAAUGGCGGCUUCACUGAUGCUGAGCUCAUGGGUGAUCUGCUUGAUUGGGAUCCUCAACCUGGUCGCUUAUCGAAUCACUGCAGUCCCGAUCGCAUGGAAGAUAAUCGCAGCUGGCCGAGUGCCGGUGGCAAUAACUUCAACUCGACACAGCAGCAGGAUGUUGAAGAGGUGGGCUCAAUAAAUCAGCAACCGCUAGCCGUCGGCUACAUGGUUUCUACAGCGCCAACUGGACGCAUGCCUUCCUGGUUUUGGGCAGCCUGCCCGCAUUUGGAAGAUGUUUGUCCUGUAUUCUUGAAGACGGCAUUGCAUCUCCACGUGCCAAACAUACAGACCGCCGACGAUAUACUGAACUCGACAAAUGCGCAUUCGUCAGCCAUAGAUCAUCCACUGGAUUCCUCACUCACUGCCGAUGUAUUGCGUUUCGUGUUGGAGGGUUACAAUGCCUUGUCCUGGUUGGCAUUGGACUCCAAUACACACGAUCGUCUCUCGUGUUUGCCAAUUAAUGUGCAAAUGCUUAUGGAUCUGUACUAUCUGACUGCAGCGAUUAUAAGCCAUGGCGCAUUUUAGUAAAAAAAUUGGAAUGACUGCAUUCGAAUAAAAAAGUUUCCAUUCAACUAUGUUGUACCAUUUCAAUGCAAAAAUCAUGAAUUGCCUUAUAUUUCACACAAAAUUUAAGAUUAAAUAAAAAGUAAUAUUAAAACAAGUUAAUAAUAAAGCGGAAAAAUGUAAAAGCAAUGACACAACAGUUUUCAAUAAUGACUAAUCAUUAUUGAUUAUAUACAUAUAUAUAAAAAUUAAAAUUGUACCACUUUUGUAAAUACAUGUAACUAUAAGUUGAACAGCAGGUAGAAUUUAACGAAACCAACCACUAAAAUUAUAAAAAGAAAAUCUCAAUGAACAAAGCUAAACAAACCGAUUAUGCGCAAAUUCAUAUAAGCAUUUUAUUAAAGUUGAGAGGCGGCUGGCCGCAGUGCCACCAUUUUGAACGUCUCGAAGCAAGGCGUAACAAACAAUUGCAUAUUUUUAAGUAAAACUAACACAUCUAUCAUAAGUAGUUACACACAAUGAUUAAAAUCGAAUUAACACCUWAUAAGAUACAUAUAUAUACAUACAUACAUAGAGUUAGUUGUAACGAGGAAUAUUUUGUAAGACAAUUUCAUUUAAGUGUAGAUAUAAUAAAAUUAUAAUUUUAUACAUAAACGAAGUUUGAAAACCUAAUAGGAUGAGCAGAAUGCACAGCAAAAUGUUGUAAAUGCGGAAUUUUAAUAAGCAAAUUUAAUACACAAUUAUGUAUGUAGUUGAUAAUUAGUAUUAAACAUUUUAAAUUUAAGCAUAUUUAAUGUACGGGCGAGUUGUAACUAUAAUAAAACAAAAUA